CUGGAGGCUUCACGACGAAACGCACCGUUGUAACGUCACAGAAUAAUAAUAGUUGAUGAUGAUGCCGGCAUUGUAAUCUCAAUGAAUCUGUGAGAAGUGAAACUGCUAUUAAUACGAAGGCCAAGGAGCAAAGAGUCUGAGCAAAUCAACGAGGAAAGAAUGGAGUUGGAAGAAGUUUUGGCAGAGUUGAGAGGAAGUUUCGAGAGCGGGAGGACGAGAAGCCUUGCCUGGAGGCAGUCUCAGCUGAGAGCCCUGUCAGACAUCCUCCACAAAGAGGAAGAGGGCAUCUUCCGGGUUCUCAAGGCGGAUCUCGGCAAGCACCAGGCCGAAGCCUAUCUACAUGAGGUGGGGUCUUCCAUCAAAUCGUUGAACCACGCAAUAAAGAAUGUGAAGAGAUGGAUGGCUCCAACGAAGGCUGUCGUGCCAAUGGUAGCGUUUCCAACAAGUGCGGAGGUGUUGCCGGAGCCGCUUGGCGUUGUGCUCAUAUUCUCAUGUUGGAAUUUCCCAAUAGGACUGUCCUUGGAGCCAUUAAUUGGAGCCAUAUCAGCUGGAAAUGCAGUAGUUCUAAAGCCUUCAGAACUUGCUCCUGCAUCUUCAAAUUUUCUGGCAAACAAUAUUUCCAAGUAUUUGGACAAUAAAGCCAUAAAGGUCAUUGAAGGUGGUCCAGAUGUUGGAGAGCAACUCUUGGAGCACAAAUGGGAUAAGAUCUUUUUCACUGGGAGCCCACGGGUUGGACGCAUUGUCAUGACUGCAGCUGCAAAGCAUCUAACACCAGUUGUUCUGGAAUUGGGGGGAAAGUGCCCCGCCAUUUUUGAUUCACUAUCAAGCUCAAGAGAUAGAAAGAUGGCUGUUGAACGAGUAGUCGGAGGAAAAUGGGGACCUUGCAGUGGGCAAACCUGCAUAGCAAUUGAUUAUCUUCUUGUGGAAGAGAAAUUUGCUCCCAUUUUGGUUGAUUUACUGAAGGAAACAAUCAGGAGGUUCUUUGUAAGACCUGACUACAUUUCUAGGAUCAUUAACAGGCAAAACUUUGAAAGACUGAGCAAUCUUCUAAAAGAUCCAUCUGUUGCAGCUUCAAUUGUGCAUGGUGGCUCGCUAGAUUCUGAGAAAUUGUCCAUUGAGCCAACUAUAUUGAUAGAUCCCCCACUUGAUGCUGAAAUCAUGACUGAAGAGAUAUUUGGCCCAUUGCUCCCGAUCAUCACGUUAAAGAAGAUUGAGGAGAGCAUCGAAUUUAUAAGAGCAAGGCCAAAACCUCUUGUUAUCUAUGGCUUCACUAAUGAUGAAAAGUUGAAACGCCGAAUCAUUGCAGAAACAUCUUCCGGAGCAGUUGUUUUUAAUGAUGCCAUCAUACAAUACCUAUUGGAAACAAUACCAUUUGGAGGAGUUGGACAAAGUGGUUUUGGGCAAUACCAUGGCAAGUUCUCUUUCGACAUUUUCAGCCAUGGUAAAGCAGUUGCUGGAAGAACCUUCCUGAUUGAAUUUAGUUUCAGAUAUCCACCAUGGAAUGAAAGAAAGCUGCAGUUGAUGAGAUCUAUCUAUCACUUUGAUUACAUUGGAUUUCUGCUUUGCUUUUUGGGAUUCAAGUGAAUUCCAGAUUAAUUUGAUCCUUUAUGCAUGUCAUAGCGAUCCAUGUAAUUAUUCCUAAUCGCCUGUCAUUAGCUACAGUUUUUAAAUGUGAAAGGUCUCUUUCAUGUUGGUGGGUGCCA